AUGCCAGCAGAUUUUAACUCGUCUGGAAAUGAAGGAAAUGAAGACGAGUUUAUUUUAAACUUCCAUGAUUUUCUAGAUUUGGAUGUUAUCAACAUUAAUUCCAAUGAUUCAUCCGCUGAUAUUGAAAUACUUGAAGAAUAUUAUGCAGAUAGUGAAAGUGAUAAUGAUAGUAAUAGUAAUGGAAAUUAUUUCAGUGAAAUUGGAAACGAGGAGGAUUAUUUCAUUAAGAUUAAAGAUGAAAGCUCUUCAAGUAUUUUAAUUCUUUCAGAAAUUGAUGAAAAUGAUCCUAUUUUUCAAGUUAAUGAUGACGAGGAAGAAGAAGAGAAAGAGGAAGAAGAUGAGUAUCAUAACGUUGAUUUUACUUUGAUGGUGAUAAGAACAUUUAAUAGUAUUUUAGCUGAUUACAUUAAACUAUUAGAAGAGUUUUUAGCUUGUUUAUCUUUUCUAAUUUUUUUUAACCAAAUUCCAGAUCAAGAUCAAGACACUUAA